UAAAUGUAUUCAUCAGCAGAUCUUGAGAACCACAACAAAAAACAAGCACCAUCAGAAAGUCAGCCCCAAGAAUGCUUUAACAAUGCAACUUUUGAGAAUUUAUUCGAUGAAGACGAAUAUGACUCUCCUCAUCCUGAUUCUUCUUCAAUGAUGUUACUUAGCCAGAAAUUGGAAUCAUUUAGCUCGAAGAUUCUGUACAAUUCAUAUUCCAAAAUAAAUAUGGCAUAUAGAAUUAAAGAGGUUUUCCCACGAAGCCAGCUUGACAUUGAGAUGGGAUCUCUGAUAUUUCAAGGUUUUCUGAAGAAAAUGGAAGGAGUCGCUUUUCCUCCAUUAAAAGAAGUUUCAAUUUACAGCAUUCCUACACACAACAGAGCUGUGAAAUAUUUCCUGGAGAACUCGAUCUCAACAAGCAGGGUUACCUGGCUAUCUCUCGAGUGCGCUAGAAUGACGGAUAUAGGCUUCUAUCUGAACGCCAUUAUUAAAGCUUGUCACAGAGUCAAGAAAUCCAUAAAGCUAAAUAAUUUUCAAAUUAGUGAGAGCCAACUCGAGAAACUGUUCAUGGCUAACAAGCGCAAAGAGGGAGUGCUGUUUCAUUCAUGCAAGUUUACCUUCCCAAAAGUGCCUGACUUCAGAAGAUGCCUAGAAGGGUCCAGUAUCUCAACAAUAAGCAUCGAGAAUUGUGAUAACUCUGACAGCAGUAACUGGCGUAGCCACCCAGAAGAGUUUGAAAAUUUUAUUCAAGGAUUGGCCAAUUCAGACUUGAAGAAAUCCCUUCAGAAUGUUGACUUCGGCUGGUGAUACGGAUUUCAAGAGUAUCAUAUAUCUACAAUAUUCAGUAGAUAUGACUUCGAAGACGUCCAAAUAUACGGAACUUUUAUGAAUGAUUAA